AUGUAUUACAAGAAGAAAUCAACUGUUGGAAUUUAUUUUUCAAUUUCUAGAGCAGUCGCAUUGACAUUUUGUAUAAUAUUCAUUUUAAAAAUAUAUCUUAAAUAUGCCACUGUUAAGUAUGUUAUCAUACGAAAUCACACGUAUACAACAAUCAUUGUACCUAAUAUAACACGUAAUAAACGUAAACAAACAUGCCGUACAAUUUGUGAAAAUAUUGACAGUGUUCCAUUGAAUAAGGUCAAUACAUUGAAACCAAUUGGGAAAAUGACAUUCAAUGAUAAUUUCGAUGAACACAUAAAUCCAAUCAACGACACAUUUUAUCCACACAAUCCUGGUGGUAGUUGGAUGUUUAAGGAGGAGAAUACGACUUGCAGCAACGUUCCGCUAUCUGGUGUGGCAAUCGUCAUCGUUUGUAGAGAUAGAUGGAAACAAUUGAAUAAUACAUUGUCCAAUCUGAUUCCAGUUCUCCAGAGACAACAUUUAUGUUAUCGAAUAUUUGUUAUUGAACAAGAAGGUAAUGAUAUGUUGAACAAAGGUCAGUUGUUGAAUAUUGGAUUUGUUGAAGCUAGUAAACGGUUCCGUUUCAACUGUGUAAUAUUUCAUGAUGCCGACGUAAUACCAUUGGAUGACAGAAUUCCACAUGAUUGUGAUAAUGAGACACUGGAACACGUAGUUCAUUUGAGUGUUGGAGUGAGUACAUGGAAUUACAUUUUGCCAUAUAAAUCACUGAUUGGUGGUGUUCUGAAGAUAUCGACCAAACAUUUGAUGCAGAUUAAUGGUUAUUCGAAUGGUUAUUUCGGUUGGGGUGGAGAGGAUGAUGAUUUGGAGAAACGAUUAAAAGCAUCAAAGAUUAUGUAUAAACAUAUUCAACCGUCAAUUGGCAGAUAUUUCGCUCAACCUCAUGCUAAACAGGUUCGUUCAAAAGUCAAAAUCCGAUAUCGAUUAUUAAGAAGUGCAGCCAGUCGUAUAUUCCUUGAUGGAUUGAAUUCAUUGAAAUAUGAAAUCAGGAAUUUCUCCGAAAAACAAUAUUACACUCAUAUUUUGAUUGCAUUAAAAUAA